AUGCGGUCGAUCUGCGGCCACGACAGCCCCCGAACCUCGUACAGCACAGGACAGUGCGGUACAGUUGGUGAAUGUAGUUGGAGCCCCCCUCGAGCAAGUCGACAUGACAUGUUAUGCAUCCGCGAGCGCAUGUCCAAAAGUGGGGACGACGAACGACGAGGAGGAGGAGGAGGAGGAUCAGCAGCAGCAGGAGGAGGAGGAGGAGGAGGGCGUGCCGAAGAAGCUUUGCAUUUUUCGAGACCCCCAGGAUUACAACAUGCCUUGAUCGGCCGAACCAAUAAAGAACACGCUAUUGAAUGA